AAAUUUAACUGAUUACUAUAAAAGCCCGCCAUUUCAUCGUGAUCGCUUUCUUUCACUGCUUCUCUCUUCUUCACACACUUCACUUUCUCUCUCUUGAACAAGAUCUACUUUUUUCGGUCAAGCUGCUGCUCGGUUAUGGCAUCUUCUGAUAAGCCUGAAGUUGUUGAUAGAGAUGUCAAGGAUAAAGAUGACAAGGAUGAAGAGAAGGGUGGAUUUAUUGACAAAGUUAAGGACUUCAUUCAUGACAUUGGCGAAAAGAUUGAGGAAGCAAUUGGUUUCGGGAAGCCAACUGCAGAUGUCACAGGGGUUCACAUUCCUUCAAUCAAUCUAGAGAAGGCAGAUAUUGUUGUUGAUGUGCUUAUUAAGAACCCCAACCCUGUUCCAAUCCCUCUUGUUGACAUCAACUACUUAAUCGAGAGUGAUGGUCGGAAACUUAUUUCUGGAUUAAUCCCUGAUGCAGGAACUAUUCGUGCACAUGGUGAAGAGACUGUUAAAAUACCAGUUACUUUGAUUUAUGAUGACAUUAAAAACACAUAUGAUGAUAUUCAGCCUGGAAGCAUCAUUCCUUACAGGAUCAAGGUUGAUCUUAUUAUAGACGUCCCAGUUUUUGGAAGGCUAACUCUUCCCCUUGAGAAAACUGGAGAGAUUCCAAUCCCUUACAAGCCUGAUAUUGAUCUUGAAAAAAUACACUUUGAGAGAUUCUCCUUUGAAGAAACUGCUGCAGUGCUUCAUGUGAAGUUAGAAAACAUGAAUGAUUUUGACUUGGGCCUCAAUGGAUUAGACUAUGAAGUCUGGCUAUCUGAUGUGAGCAUUGGGGGUGCAGAACUGGCUGAAUCUACUAAAAUUGAGAAAAAAGGGAUAAGUUAUAUUGACAUUCCCAUCACCUUCAGGCCUAAGGACUUUGGUUCUGCGCUUUGGGACAUGAUUAGAGGAAAAGGCACUGGUUACACUAUGAAAGGGCAUAUUAAUGUGGAUACACCAUUUGGAGCAAUGAAGUUGCCCAUAAGCAAGGAGGGCGGCACAACUCGCCUCAAGAAGAACAAGGAAGAUGGUGGUGAUGAUGAUGAUGAGUUUGUUGGGGAUGUUUGAUUGGUUUAUGGGAGUUUUUUAGCUAAGAAAUGGGAGCUAAUCUCUAUCUGGGAAAAGUAAAUAAGAAAAGGAGGACUUGAAAGAUCUGCAGCAAAUGUUCGUCCCUAUUUUACAAAAGGGGAGGAAGAAUAUUAUCAAAGAUCUAUCUGUUUGAUAUAGGUUCAUUAUUUGGCAAAAUCAUGCCUUUUCUUGAUUAUAUGUUCAUUGUUUAACAUUAGGUGACUUGUAUGUUUGGUGUGUAGCCACGCACAAUCAUUGCCUUCUAAUAACAAAGACAGAAGGCAUAAUAAGGCGUUGUUGCCACUAUAUCUGUUUCUUCUUGAGGUUUAUGAUUUAUCCUCGGUUUACAAAUAAGAAUAAGAUUACGAUGAGUUGCUGAAGAGAAGGCUGCAGGGCAUUUGGUAUUCUGCAGCUGGGGUGUGGAUUAUAUCAUAACAGUAUUCUGGAUGAUUCCUAAUAAUUUGUCUCUUACGGUUGGAUUACAUAGAAUGUGUCAUCAGCAGGAGGGAUUUGUGACAAAUCUUUAGAAUACCAAAUGCCCUGCAGAUCGCAGGGAAUCCUGCUCUAUUGCUAUUUCUGCAAAAAAUCGUGUUGAGUGUUAAUCUUGAAAGAAACCUAAAAUGGGGGCAACCCAUUUCUGAAAAGAUUCAUUGUUGCUCUAUUGAUUGGAGUGCCACUUAAAGAGUUAUUUCCAGCCAAUGGGUGACUGUGGGGACUGGAGUUGAGCCCUUAAAGAUCACAAGAUUUCUGGAUUUCCAAAUCUCCCACGCAAUGAAACUCACUUCAGUGCUGAUUUCUUUAGAUAAACCAGGAGGGCAGAAUUUCAGGUAGGCAUUUCCGCUAAUCAGUGAAGGUGCUAAAACCUUGGCUUUGAAUUUAUUUUUUCGUAUGAUUAUAUUUUUAGAUUUCAUAGAAUUAUAGAAGUUAUAUGUAUGUGUACAUAGGUAUAUGAAAAAGAUGACUGCAAGUGUGGAAAAGAAGUAUUUACUUUGAGACAGUCCGGAUAUUUUGUUUGAUUCAGGUCCGGACCUGGAAUUGAAUUUGAUUGACAUGGUAGUAGUAGUAGGGAUUAGGGAAUGAGUUAUUAUCUUGGAAUAUAUUUAUUAUUUCUUAAUAUUAAAUAAUCUUAAAAGUGAUAA